GGGGGCGCGGGCGCCAUGCGGGGGGGUCGCCGGGGGGGCCGCUGCGCCUGUGCCCACCUCCUCCGAAAGCUUUGGGCCAAAUGGGGCUGCUGCUUCCCGCGGGGGGCGGGCCGCGAGGCCUACUCGGUGGCGGCCAGUGAGGUCAGCGUCUCGGUGUCGGCCGCCUCCAUCCCGUGCAGCUCGGGCCCCGCCACGCCCCCGGGACGGCCCAGAGAUCCCGGGAGGGAGAUCGGACCCGGCUCCGGACCGGAGCCCCGGUUGGACAGGACUCAGGACGACCCCUCCCACCAGUCCCCAGUAGAGCCCCCGCCCCAGGCCGCAGAGGAGGAAGAAGUGGAGAAGCAAAGUGCCCUGGAAAAAAGCAGGUAUGUUCUCAGAGAGCUGGUGGAGACCGAGAAGGUUUAUGUGGAGGACUUGGGGUGCAUCGUGAAGGGCUACAUGGCCACCAUGGCGGCCCAGGGAGUCCCGGAGACCCUGCGCGGCCGAGAUCGCAUCAUCUUCGGCAACGUGCAGCAGAUCUACGAAUGGCAUCGCGAUUUCUUCCUGCUAGAGCUGCAGCGCUGCCUUCUAGACCCCGAUUGGUUGGCGCAGCUGUUCAUCAAGCACGAGCGGCGCCUGCACAUGUACGUAGUUUACUGCCACAACAAGCCCAAGUCUGAACACGUGGUGUCAGAGUUUGGGGACCACUACUUCGAGGAACUGCGCCUGCGCCUCGGCCACCGACUGCAGCUCAGCGACCUACUCAUCAAACCCGUCCAGAGAAUUAUGAAGUACCAGCUGCUGCUCAAGGAUUUUCUCAGAUAUUACAGCAGAGCAGGGAUGGACACAGCAGAGCUCCAGCGGGCUGUGGACGUCAUGUGUUUCGUCCCCAAACGCUGCAACGACAUCUUGAGUCUGGGGCGGCUACAGGGAUUUGAGGGACGGCUGACUGCUCAGGGGAAGCUGCUGGCUCAGGACACUUUCUGGGUGACGGAAUUGGCCAGAGGUUCCCGGCCCCCGGCCCCCCACCCACGCCGUGUUUUCCUCUUUGAGCAAAUUGUCAUCUUCAGUGAGGCGGUGGGGGGCGGGCCGCGGGGCAAGGAGCCCAGCUAUGCUUACAAGAGCAGCAUCAAGGUGCACUGCCUGGGUCUGGAAGUGUCCGGAGAGGCCGGCCCUUUUGUGCUGACCUCGCAGGAGGCAGGUCGCCCGGCCCAGCGCUAUGUCCUCCAGGCAUCAGACCCAGUGGUCAGCCAGGUCUGGACCAACCUCGUGGCCCAAAUUCUGGAGAGCCAGUGCAACUUCCUCAAUGCCCUCCAGUCCCCGAUCGCCUACCAGCGCCGGGAGAGUGAGAGGAGCAGCCUUGGCCCGCAGGCGGCAAUGGGCCAGGGGAACUCCGGGAGCUGGCCCCGACUGGCUCCUGCCCAUGCUGACUCUCCACACCCACCGCUCACUGGGCCGGAGGAGCCCUCGCCUCCCUACCUUCCUCAGGUCCCCCCAGACUCGGUCCGCCGGGCGCGGUUGGCCAGGCUGGAUGAAGACGAGCUGUAACCUGAGGGACUGGGGGAGGCUGCCCAGCCACUCUUCAGUCCUGGCGCCUCACCUCCUUUUGGGCUUGGACAUGGAGUGGGGGUCUUUGUGCUGUGGCCCCUCCCGCCUCUUCUUGCAUGUGCUUCGUGGGAGGGGACUGGGGGGCGGGGUGCUCACCUUGUUUGGUCACUUCUAUUUCCUAAAAUAAAGGUUUUGUUACACAUUGG